GCUCAUGCAAGCAGACGUCCGGCCUCUUCCUCUUUCAAGCUUCACAGAAGUAUGGCAAAGUAACACAAAAGCCCCACAGGACUUUACUGGAGAACAAACUCAAGACAUUAUUUAAAUCGGGAGACGGAACGUGGAAGAAACUCUUUUGUUUUGAAAGUUUUGUUUAACUUGCAACACUCUGGUGAACAAUCCGGAAGCUUGUUUUUCUCUUCAGCGUCGGAGAUUUCCAGGGUUUAUGCUUCUGUGGCAGACCCUAAACUCGGAUCCAGUCGGUUUGUCUGGACUCUGGAGUCUGUUCCGCGCGCGCGCGCGCGUGUGUGUGUGUGUGUGUGUGGGUGGGUUAGUGCCCCUCCUGGUCAGGUGACUGAGGUGUGUCUGAUCGCUAGAGCCUGUGGAGAUGCUUUGUUCUAUUCUACCUGUUGGUUAACUGAAAGAUGAUCUCCUGCUCAGCGGUCAACUGCGUCCUGUAUUGAACUGGGACUCUGCUCGGGGAAACAUGAUCAAAUAACACGAGGCAUCUUUUAUAUCUUUAACAAACAACAUCUCCUUUAUUUCUAUGGAAAAACUUGCUUUUUGGUGCUUAAGUUAUCGCUGAGCCGCUUUAUUUGACAACACAAAAAAAAUCGAUUGAAUCGCCUGGUGUCACUUUACCAUGGAAACGCUUUACCGCGAUCGCAAGAGGAUUUUUUUCUAGCAGUUAACUGAGAGGAAAAAAAAACUUUACGAAGAAUUUAUAUAGGCUACUUUUCUGGGAUUAUAGUGGGCCUUAACUUUAUAAACUAAUACGAACAAAUAAUAAUAAUAAGAACUAAGAAUCCGCUUUCUAUCGACUAAUUCGGAUUGUGUGCGGAAACGCCAUGGCUCUCUCUCAGGUUCAGUGUCUUGAUGACAAACAUGUGAACUGGCGUCUAAAUGAAUCCAAACCGGAGUUUUUUUACAGCGAGAAUCAGCGGCUCGCGCUUGAAGCGCUUAUUACGAAAGGACGCGACGCGUUUGACGCCUAUAUGAAAGAGCACGAGCUGCGUCCUUUCCUGUCGGAACCCGAACUCGAGCGGUUGCGUCGGAGCAUAGAAGAUUAUAAACCCGGUUCUGAGCAUCAAAAACCAGACGGUACAACGGAGGGAGAGGACGGUGCGGUGUCUUUGCAGUACUGGCCGGACCGCUCUGAUAUCUCCAUACCGAAUCUAGACCUCGGAUGGCCAGACUGCAAUUCUUACCGAGGAGUGACGCGCGUCAAUGUCUACACGCAACCGCCAAUGGACGGACAGACGCAUAUAAAAGAGGUUGUGAGAAAGGCCAUAGCGCAAGCACAGAAGAUGAUUGCUGUGGUAAUGGACGUUUUCACAGACGUUGACAUUUUUAAGGAUCUAAUAGAGGCUGGAUUUAAAAAGAAAGUAGCUAUAUACAUUAUUAUAGAUUAUGCAGCUUUACAGCACUUCCUACUUAUGUGUGAGAGAGCCUACAUGCACAGAGGACACCUCAAUCAUCUGCGGGUGAGAUGCAUCGGUGGUUCCGAAUUCUACACACACUCUGCUCAGAAGGUGCAUGGCUCGUUGAGUCAGAAAUUCAUGUUUGUGGAUGGAGACCGUGCAGUGUCUGGAUCAUACAGUUUUACAUGGACCGCUUCUCGUUUGGACCGCAACAUCAUUACAGUCCUGACAGGACAGGCCGUUGAAACUUUUGACAAGCAGUUCCGUGAACUAUACCUGAACUCUCGUGGGGUCAACCUAACUAAGAUCCCAUUGGCAGACCCUCCGGAGCCUGACCCUGUCCCAAUCGCCGUUCCUUCCCCUGUUCCUGUAACGGUUGCAAGAAAAUUAAUUAACCCCAAAUAUGCAUUGGUUAAUGUAGAUGCAGCAAGCAAAGCCUCUUCAGACAAGGCUAGUGCCAAGAACAGUAACUCCAAGAAUCCUAUGGUCCAGAUUCCCAAGCCUCAACGGGAAAUGAGGGAAGGACCGCAAAAGCACCCAGGACUUGUAGGUCUGCCAAAGGCAGAUCUCAUUCCCUACUUGCCCACUUGGCCAGAGCCAGACCCACCCAGUGAUGUUAUUGGAUUUAUUAAUAUCCGUGAUACAAGCAAGCCAGCGCAGGUGCAUUUAAUGCGCUCUCAAAUGUUUGAAACAUCUCAAGCAAUCCGUUUUAAAGACCCUUUCACUGCCCCACCUGAGGAACCGUUACCAGAUAAGGCAAGUCCUCGUCCUAAAACAAAAGAAUUGUCUAAAACAGCUGCUGUAGAUGCAAAUGUUCAAUCAAUCACCCAACCUCAGGCAGAGACUAACUCUAGUAAUGCCCAUCAAGAUAUACCGGCCAAUACAUCCCAUUCGCCAAGCCCUCCAAUCCAGCAACAAGACCCUAAACCCAGCCCUCCUCCACAAGAGCAGGAGUCCAACCCUGAACCAGCAGAGGUGCAGCAGGCUUCAGAAAUGCCUGUGCCCAAGCCACGCACCCUUCAGUUGGUGGUUAAUAGACCGGAAGGCUCUGGAGACCCAGAGGUCACUUUAGUCAGAAGGGAGGAAAACCAGACAAAAGAUGCAAACACGGACACUCGAGACAACGAUGCUGACAGCACCGCUGUGACCUGUGCAAAUUCAUUAAAGGAUAAAGAUGAGAAUUCCACAAUGUCAGAUGAAUACUAUGAAUGUACUGACUCCGACAGCAGUGAUAAACUCCCUAAUGGAAGGUUAACGGGUUCUGGUCGUGUUGGAGACCAUAGCCCUGAUGCGCUUAACAUGAUGGCCCGCUUCUCUCAAUCCAUGCUGGAUUUGCGAUCGGAUGACUUCAAACAAAACACUGCUGAGAAAAAUCUACUGAACAAGCAGAACAGAGACAAAACAAAGCUUUACCAGAUGGUCUCCAGGUCACCUGUUCGAGACGCUUAUGGCCGGGCCAAAGUGGUGAUUGGUAAACCUGGAGUAUUCUAUAGACUCCCUAAAAGCAGCGGCCAUGUGAUCGGGGGCCACAGGUACUGGCAGGGGAAGAUGAAUGCUGACCUCCCCUCAAAUGGAUCAGGCCAGCAAAAUCUAAAACGCUCUGGCCGGUCCCCUAGAAGACAAAGCUCCGCCUAUACGAUAGAAGGACUGCGAAUCAAUCAAACUCCCACUCAGCGGCUCAUGCACUCUCAAUCUCUCUCUCCCGCUCAUCGGGCCUCUCAAACAAAGUCUCCGUCCCCUCGUAGACGGGUCGAGACUCGUACACCAUUAGGGAUCUCUUUAUCUAAACUCACCAGCGUCAAACACCUCAGGGGGAAGGUUCCAGUGAGCACGUCUGGUUUUGCUUUGGGGGAUAAAUUGUUGACACAGAGGCACAAUGAAAAUUAACUGAUUUAUGGUGGCUUUCUUCCCAGAAAACAAAAAAAACAAGUACUUUGUAUUGAGUACAAAGGCAUGAAUGUGCAAUGAUGUAGCCACCAGUCUCCACUGAACACUUUUCAACUGGAGUUCAACUGUAUCUUUAAACUGACACGAGUGUUACAGUCUCAAACAAACGCUGACAUUUUCUGGACUGUGACAAGCAAAACUAGCAGCUUUACUCUUUAUUGACGUGCCUUUGAGUAAUAUGGACUAGUGCAAGAAUUUGGUGGUGGAUUUGUGACCACGGUGAUGACGAUUUCACAUUCACCUCUGUUGUCUGAGCUUGUAAGAAAAGGACGUUGAAAAUGUUAAGGUAUAGUACAAACUGACAGUGAGUUCAUUUUCAACGUCUGCAUUUGUUCCUGGUUUUAUCAGAGGAGAUCGGACUGACUCAAGGCCUGUUCACACCAAAUGAGUGUUUGGUACGAUUGAACAUCUUACUUUGAAUGAAUGCCUGAAAAUGCAUUUCUUCAGGCUGACACGAAUAUUUGCAUGGCAUUUUUUUUUUUGCAUUGCAUUGCAUUGCAAAAAAUAAAUAAAUAUAUAUAUAUAUACA